UGCAACGCAGGAGCUGAGUUCGUGUAGCUCCAACUCAGGAGAGGGAGCGCUGAAGGAGCAAGCGACCUGCUGCCAACUUCAUCUGGAGCAUGUUUCAGCACUCUGCAAGACACAGCGCCAUACGCACCGCCGACUGCCUCUGAAAGCAGAACGUUUGCAAAGAAAUCAAAGAAGUUGACGGCCUUUGGGGAGGGGGAGAUGCGAUUAUUUUCGGUGCAGGAGCUGGGCAUGGAGUUGUACCUGGUGGCGGCGGUGCUGGUCGCGAUCGCAGCCCCGGGGCUGGGGCAGGAGAAGGACUACACAGUGCGGGAGGAGCUGCCCGAGAACGUGCUGAUCGGCAACUUGGUGCGGGACCUGAAUCUCAGCGACGCCAACCUGCCGCUCAUCUUCAAGCUGGUGUACAAGACGGGAGACACGCCGCUGAUCCGGGUGGAGGACAGCACCGGCGAGCUCUUCACCACCUCGCACCGCAUCGACCGUGAGAAACUCUGCGCCAACAUCUACAGCGAGACCCGCUGCUUCUACGAGGUCGAGGUGGCCGUGCUGCCCAACGAGGUCUUCAAGCUGGUCAAGAUGAGGUUCCUGAUCGAGGACAUCAACGACAACGCUCCCCUCUUCCCUUCCACCGUGAUCAACAUCUCCAUACCCGAGAACACCGUGGUCAAUUCGCGUUACUCCAUCCCCUCCGCCGUAGACCCCGACGUGGGAGUCAACGGGAUUCAGCACUACGAGCUGCUGAAGGGGCAGAAUGUCUUCGGGCUGGACAUCAUCGAGACCCCCGAGGGCGACAAGUGGCCCCAGCUGAUCGUGCAGCAGAACCUGGACAGGGAGCAAAAAGAUACCUACGUGAUGAAGAUCAAAGUGGAAGACGGUGGGGUUCCACCAAGGUCGAGCACUGCCAUCCUCCAGAUCACCGUGACUGAUGUCAAUGACAAUCGCCCUGUCUUUAAGGAGAGUGAGACUGAUGUCCACAUCCCGGAGAACGCCCCCGUGGGCACCUCGGUGAUCCAGCUCCACGCCACCGAUGCUGACCUUGGCCCCAAUGCCAUUGUCCGCUUCUUCUUCAGUAACCAGGUGUCUGCUUUGGCCAGGAGGCUUUUCACCAUCGACAGCGCCAGCGGCCUGAUCACGGUGAGGCAGCCCCUGGACCGGGAAGAGUUCCCGGUUCACAAGCUUACCGUCCUUGCCAGCGAUGGCAGCUCAACCCCAUCCAGAGCAGUGGUCACCAUUAACAUCACAGACGUUAAUGAUAACGUGCCAACCAUUGACACCAGGUACAUUAUUAACCCCAUCAAUGGUACGGUUUUGCUGUCAGAAAAUGCACCGCUCAAUACGAAAGUUGCGCUGAUCACGGUCACAGACCAGGACUCAGAUUUAAAUGGGAAAGUCACCUGCUUCACUGACCACGAUGUCCCAUUUCGUUUGAAGCCUGUAUUUGAUAACCAGUUCUUAUUAGAAACUGCAGCCCUGCUGGACUAUGAGAGCACGAAAGAAUACACUAUUAAGAUAGUGGCAUCUGAUGCAGGCAAACCACCGUUAAAUCAAUCAGCCACUGUGGUGAUUAAACUGAAGGACGAGAAUGAUAACGCUCCUGUUUUUAAUCAGCCCGUAAUUGGGCUGUCAAUCCCUGAAAAUAACACCCCUGGUACACAGUUAACAAAAAUCAGUGCCACUGAUGCGGACAGUGGGAAGAAUGCAGAGAUCACUUACCUCCUGGGUCCCAAUGCCCCAUCCAUCUUCAGUGUGGAUCGGAGAACUGGCAUCCUGUCAGCUAUGAGGAGAUUAGACAGAGAGAAGCAAGACCGUUAUGUCUUUACGGUACUGGCCAGGGACGGGGGCAGGCCCUCUAUUCAGAGCAAUGCUACUGUGAUUGUGACUGUGUUGGAUCAAAAUGACAACAGUCCUUCCUUCACACACAGUGAAUACAAUUUCUAUGUCCCUGAAAACCUGCCCAUGUAUGGAACAGUUGGACUUAUCACAGUCACAGAUGCAGAUGCAGGAGGUAAUGCAGCUGUUAGUCUUUCUAUACUGAAUGAUAAAGGCUACUUUAUAAUUGAUCCCACCAGCGGGGUUAUCAAACCCAAUAUUACAUUUGACAGGGAGCAGCAGAGUUCUUAUACGUUUCAAGUCAAAGCUGUCGACGGAGGUAGGCCUCAACGAACUUCGGUGGCCAGAGUGACCAUAAAUGUUGUUGAUGUAAAUGAUAACAGCCCUGUGUUUGUGUAUCCUCCCUCUAAUUUUUCGUAUGAACUGGUAUCUACUUCUGCUAACCCCGGCUCUGUGGUGGGAAAAGUUUUUGCUAUUGACAAUGAUACAGGGAUGAAUGCUGAACUUCGCUACAGUAUAGUCAGUGGGAAUUCCAGAGGGCUCUUUGCCAUCGAUCCGAUGACUGGCAAUAUUACCCUGCAAGAAAAAGUGACAACAGCAGACCAUGGUUUAUACAGGCUGGUAGUGAAGGUCAUUGAUUUGGGACAACCAGAAUCCUUGCAUGCCAUGGCACUUGUGCAUUUGUUUGUGAAUGAAACCAUCAAUAAUUUCACAUAUGUGCAAGACCUGGUGCGGAAGAGCAUGGAGACCCCUUUGGAUAAGAAUGUUGGGGAAAGUCAGAUGACCCCUCAGACCAAUGAUUACAUUAAGAUUGUUAUUGCCAUCAUAGCUGGGACCAUGACUGUCAUUCUUGUCAUUUUUGUCACUGCUUUGGUACGAUGCCGGCACACACCAAGACAUAAGGCUGUGCAGAAGGGGAAGCAGAGUGGGGAGUGGGUUUCCCCCAAUCAGGAAAACAGGCAGAUUAAGAAAAAGAAACGGAAGAAGAAGAGGUCUCCAAAGAACCUCCUACUGAAUUUUGUUACAAUUGAGGAGUCCAAACCAGAUGACCCUGCCCAUGAGCACAUCAAUGGUACCUUGGAUCUUCCGGUGGAAUUGGAGGAUCAGACUAUGGGGAAGUAUAACUGGGGCACAACACCGACCACUUUCAAACCCGAUAGCCCAGAUCUUGGAAAACACUAUAAGUCAGCCUCUCCCCAACCCUCCUUUCAAAUCAAGCCUGAGACUCCAGUGCCAGUGAAGAAACACCACGUCAUCCAAGAGUUACCGCUGGAUAACACGUUUGUGGUGGGCUGCGACUCCCUCUCCAAGUGUUCUUCGAGCAGUUCUGACCCCUACAGCGUUUCAGAAUGCAGUUGUCAGGGUGGCUUCAAGACUGCAGGGCCAAUCCACACCAGACAGUCACAACGAAGGGUCACAUUCCACCUCCCUGAUGGCUCUCAGGAAAGCUGCAGUGACAGUGGGUUGGGAGACCAUGAACCCAACAGCAGUGCCAGCACUUCACACCCUCUGCCUCUCGGCUUCCCGCAGGAAGAGUACUACGAGCAAACAUCCCCUAACAGCAGGACUGAAGGUGAUGGCAACUCAGACCCCGAGUCCAGGGGUUUGUGUAUCUCUGAAAGUUCAUUUCGUUGUCCUGGUUCCACAGAACAUCGCAACGUUCACCUGAAUGUGGAAUCAAACGUGAACCCUCCCAUAAGGGGUGUCGAGGUGUCUCUUCAGAAAGUGCUGGCUGAAGCCUCAGAGACUUGCACGCAGGAGUGCCUCGUCCUCGGUCACUCUGACAACUGUUGGAUGCCCCCAUCGCUGACCCAGUACCAGCAGCCCAACCCUCCCGUGCCAUCCAUUGGAUUUCAGCAAAGCUGGGCCAGAGGCGGCAGGUCAGAAGGGCGGCACACGCUAGGGAGGGCCAGCAGCAAGGAUGACCUCGACAAAAGCCAAGGCAGUGGCAGGCAACAGCUGUACAACGGCUCGGAGAGGCACUGCAGCACCGAGGACCCUGUGAAGGUCAUUCCCCUGGCAAACUUUACACCGGCUCAACAAGGGUCUGUGUCUGGUGGGAACUCUCCCUACGUCCAUGAGCACCAGCUUUAGAAAACACCUCAAGCAACCUUUGGCAAGCACUGAAGCCAGGAUGUACAUAGCCGCUGCUUUCAGUCCAUGUGGAGCCCACACGCCAAAGUAGGAGAGCUGGCUUUGUGGUACAGAACAUUUGCAAACACCUGUAUGCUUUUAGUAAGGCAGGCCUUCCGCAUAAGUAGACUUUGAAGCUGUGUAUCAACAGCUUCUCUGUACUGUUUCAUUACGAACACUGAGGUAAAAAAUGGUGGAAAUAUUUUCAGGAGUAUAUUUUCAUGGAUUGUUAUAUUGCACCAAAGUUAAUGGCAAGCUAGAAAAAACUAACUUUCUGGAGCUCAUGAUGCCAGACAUAACCUGGACAUCCCAGCAAGAAAACAAACUGAUUGAAAGCAAUGUUUCACUUUCACUGAUCUUCUCAAAGCAGUUUUACUUGCCUAAAUCUAUUAUUGCAAUUCCUUGACAUGUUCUAAUUCAAGGAUCCCGCACCCCUGUGCAGUGAUGAUUUGCAUGAAUCAUCUUUUUUUCAGAAAUACACAAUGACGUACACAUGGCCUGCACUGUGGAACUCUAUAAGCUCUGUCAGUACCACUCUGGUCAGGGAAGAGAAUAUACUCCUUCAGCGGGAGGUCUAGCAGUAUCAUGUUUUUCCAUCGCUCCGGAUGAUGUGUCUGCUCAAAACAGGAGCACAACUUUGCAUUAAAGAGGCACUCUAUUCAGGAACUUAUCUUAGCAAGGAGGUCCAGCAGGUUUGAGGAACAAUCAGCCCUGGCCUUAGAGCCACAGUAUCUGGUGUUCGACCCUCAAACAAUCAAAUCACCUCGAACUGUAAAAUUCUUCACAAAGUAGGUCUUUUUAAUGUGGAAAGGAUUGAAUGCCAUUAUGUGUGCAGCUCACAUAGAAUAUAUGUAGAAUAGUUUGAAGUUAAUGUAUCAGAAAUAUAACAUACGUUUUAUACUUAAAGCUUAUAUACUUAUAGGUAAAUUAGAAGUGAUCUGAUAUUUCUAUAUUGUAUAUUUGAUUUCUGAAUUAGAUUGGAGUACAGAUUGCUCAUCUUAAAAUAUCUUGUGGGAUAUUCUACUUAAAAUCCUAAAGGAGUUAAAAUCUUACCAGCUCCUACAAGAUAAAUUGUUCAACUCUCUAGAGCAUUACUGUGUCUUAUAACUGAAUCUUCCAGGACAGUUGCAGGUGCUCUGCAACAUGUAACUGAUGAGAGAGGUAGGCAAAUUUGACACUGACCUUCAAGUUGAACCUGCAGAUUAUACUGAAGAAUUGAAGCACUACCUUCUCCACUCAGAAAUUCACAUUUUAAUACCAAAUGGCUUGCUACUAUCUUGUGAGGUGAAAGGAGGAGCCUCAUGUUUGUUAUUAUGUCAAAUCAGGUAACAUGCACAAUUUCCAGAUUCUCUGGAUAUAUGACAAUCGAAGAAAGCAUUCAGCAAGGGAAAGGGGAAGAAAAUAAAGACUUUGUGGAGUUUUAUUUGGGAUUACUGUAUGUAGAGUUUAUCUAACUAGUCACGCAAAGCUGUAAAAAUAAACUACAUUAAAUCUGCUGUAUGAUGACUGCUUGUAAUACAAUGGAAGUUGCUAUGUAUAUUAGAUGUGGGGAUUUUUUGCACCAUAAAAUGGCGAUUAUGCAAAAAGCUUAUUGUGCUGUUUAUGUGCCCAACAGGUAUAAGUAGCAUUGUAAUUUGUCAAAUGUUGUCUCACGGUAAGCUGUUCAAAUCACAGGCAGUUACAGUGUGCAAAAGAACGCCACCUAAUUAAAUGGUUACUUUAAUCACUGAAUGAUGGAAAAGCAUUAAAAAAAAGUCUUGUCUAAUAAUUUUAACUAUUUCUUGGUAGUGCUGGUAGUUUUAGGAUAUGAGAAUAUUUGUUAUUAUUUGUGCAAAGCAUUGCAGUUAAAAUUGCAUGUUAUCAAUGAGCAAUGUUAACCCUUCCAGAACUGACUUUGCCGAUGAAUUACCUGUAGGUUGAUGACUUGCUUGAAAAAAAUAUUUAGGAAGGGGGGAAAAAAUCAAUAGGAAUUGAUGUUGUUCACUGUGGUUUGUGUUGAUCUGUGGAUAUUUUACAGAAUCCCACAUCUGGAUUGGUAAAUGUUGGUACAAUAUAGCACCAGGUUAGACAGUGAACUCUAACCACAUGAGGGAAUUUGUUGGCCUGAAGUAAUUGUUAUUCAAUAAACACACCCUAACUUUUGCCACGCUAUGCUUUAUUUUAACUUCAUCUCCCCCUGCGGCAACAAGAUUGAAUGAUUUUGCACGUGCUCUCUGCAGAAGUGAGCGGUGAGGGGGAGAGACAGGAAAUGGGUAAAGUGCAAACAUUGGCUAAAGCCAUGCACCAGAAUCAUAGUUGUUCAUCAUUGACACACUGUGUUCCCUUCUGUACUGUCACUUUUAAAUCUGUAAGUAGGGCUCACUCCCAGACAAUGGAAAGUUCUCAGAGGCCCACUCCAGAGUGAAAAGGCCAGAUACCCUGCACAAUAACUGCUAGUGCAGCUUCAGGGAGAGAUUGAUUAAUGUACAGGGAAGGAACCAAGGAACAGGAGGAGGCCAUUCAAACCUCUAAACUUGUUCCGAUGAAAUCAGUUCAUAGUUGAUAUGUAUCUCAGCUCUAACUGCCUGCCUUGGUUCUGUAAUCGUGAAUUAGAGAAUGACUCUUCUCCAAUACAAAUACAUCAAUUGCAGUUUCAACAUUUUCUAUUGGCCCAAACUCAGCUGCUAUUUAGUGGAAAAAUUCAAGAUUUCCAUCUGCUUUUGUGUUAAGCACACCAGACAUCAGCGCUGAACAGCUUAGCCAUAAUUUUACAUUUGCCUUCUCUUGUUCUAUGCUGAUCCACUGAAGGAGAUAUGUUUCUAGUCUAUGCAACCUUUGCUCUUAAUUUGCCCUGGUAUCACUCUGCUGAGUCUCACCCAUAGUCCUUCAAAGCCUGCUGAUUCUUGCUGCCCAAGCUUAGUGUAGUGCUCUGAAUGGCCACUAACCAGAACUUUACGUAACGGUAUCAUAACUUCCAUCUUUUUUAUAUUCCAACCCCCACAAAGUUGAAGGCUGAUGUGUCAUUAGUUAGCCUUCUUAAUUAUUAUUUAUACUCUCCAAAAGAAAGGGGAAAUUGCAGUUUCUGGUGUGGCAUCAUGUGACAUUGAGAGGAUAAUAAUUGUCCAGCAUUGAACUGGCUUGAUCAAAGAAGUAUAUACGUAUCUUAUGUAGCAAGAUAUGCAAAAACAAAAGGUAUACUGAAUAAAAAUUGGCAAUGGACUGCAUCACUCUCAGGUAAAAUGGGAGGAAGCAUAGAAACAUGUAGCUAACAUGAGAAAGAUGACAAUUCUUGGAAUCCACAGUAGCCUUGUAUGCCCUAAAGGAAGUAUGCCAAGUGGUGCUAUUUCAGUCCUUUAAGGGUUAAUACUCUAUAAAAUAUUUAUUUUGUACCUGUUUUUCCAAAAGAAAGUAGGGGUUGCAGACACAUUAAUUACUUGUGGACUGACAUUUAAAGAUUGUUUCAAAAAAAAUGUCAUGGCUUUUUAAUGUCACUUUCCA